GCUUGGGAUAGAAUAAUAUAUUUAAUGUGAAUAUAAAUAAGUUAAACAUAAUGAGCGCGUCUGCAACACUGACUCAUGCCAUUCGAUUGAAUGAAUAUCUCCACGUUUACCACUUCCGACCUUCUCCAAGUGUUACAUCCUUUUAGUUAUUAUAUGCUUGAUUCCGGAGACCAUGUGAUUAGGAAACAAUGCCACUCCAAUUAUUCAUCCGAAUAUACUGAUCGUAAAUAGGACUGCAGGAAGAGAAAUGUUUGAGAAAUGGCAGUCUUACCUAAUUAUUGAUUUUUAAGUGAUAAUUGUCUACUUUUUUCUCCACCACCAUGGCGAAGUGUUCACCAUAUUUUUCAACUAUCUGUUGUUUAUGAACUUUCUGGCUUCUUUGGAUUCGUAUAUACUCUUCACUCCGUCUGGGUAAUGAUGUUGUAUUAUAAUGGAAGUUAUGCGUGCUAUUUAACUUCCAUCGGCUGCAUGGUCUAAGUAUGUGAUGAGCUAAUUAGUUUAUUUCGUAGUUGAUUAAGCUUACCUGUAAGAGUUGGUCUUUUUACAUAUGUCAGUAUUAUAUGACGUCAGGGAUAUCGACAAGCCAUAAAUGUUCGACAAUUACACUCGCAAGUGCCUGCAUCUAGUUCAUAACACCACAAAACUGUAUUUAAAUCGCACGUCCUUUAGCAGUUUACUUUCGCCGUGAAUGUUAUGUGUACGGGUGGUCUGAAAAGGGAUGGAAUUAUGCAUCCAUACUUUUUGGAACUCCUUAAACACACCAUGGAAUUCAAUCCAGUUUCCAAAACGCCUGCUCAGUAUUAUGCGUUGAAACGCCUCACUUAAGUCGACCGAAAUGUCUCUGGAACAUAAAUUACCACAAACAUUACUCGUUAAUUACUGAAAGAGCAGCCAUUUCAUGCGAUAAUACUCCAGUAUCUGAAGAAAGGACUACAAGCAUUUAGGAAUUACGGGUUACUCGUCAUGUCGUCUUAAUUCUUGCAGAAAACAAGGAUUCACACAAAUUCAUAGUAUCUUUAACUGAUAAUUUAUAAUGAAUACGCAGUUUUGCGGACCCCAACGAAUUUUAAACAAGGAGAGUGAGGUUCAGUAGGGUAAUUGGUAUCCCAGGUCAAGUUACGUAGCAACAAAAGAGCCAAAUUGUACACUACAAAACACAGUAAGCACAAUAAACGCUUUUGGCAUUGAUUUUGUGAAUUUGCUACAGACAAAAAAGACGCGAAUACAAGAAAACCUGAUAUUCGUGCAACCCAGAGGACAACCAACCGACCCACAACAAAUCAAAUACGGAAUGACCGCCUCGUGUCAGGCCGUUCAAGGUCGCAAAAAGGAAACGGCGGGCAGGUUUGAAAACGCACUGACUUAUUUACCUUGCCCUUGUUUUAUCUGUUGGUCGUAUUUUACUGCUCACUUUUAAGGAACUCCGGUCAACUGUUGCAUAAACAUAGAGAACUACUAACCUGGCUAAGUAUUUGAUGAUAGUAACAAAAGGAUUUACACCUUUAUAAGUGAAAACAAUUAUUUGUCAUGACCAAUGUUAUAUUGUUACCCACUUAAGUGUCUUUUGGAAGUUAGGGGAUAGCUGUUCUACCAUUGUUUAAAAUUUUAAGGUGGUUAGAAAAGCCUUUCCCACCUUUCCGUUGUGAUUUUUGGAGAGGAAACAGUUUUUGUUUUCACCGUUUUUCUUGGGGAAUGAUGUCUUCAUUCUCCACUCUUUGUCUGCUUUGAAUGUAGCACGAAUUUCAUAGUUUGUGUUAUUGUCUCGGUUGAUCCUAUUAUUUUUAAGUCACGUUUUCUGCAUUAUGCCUGCAGUCGGGCAUGAAAGUCGUAAAAUUACAGUUUGUUUCAAUAUUCGCUCUUGAGCUUUGUUACUCAGUGCUUGUACAUUAAUUCGGUCAUAAUGUAAUCACUAAAACCUAAUGUUCGGCUCAAAAUAGAUAGACCCCCAGGUAUAACUUUUCUACAGGCUUUUAAUAUGGGGGUGGCUUAUUGGAAAAUAUUUACCAAUGUCCGUGUUUCUCACUAUUUCUUACUUGGUUAUGAAAGAAAUAUACCUUUUUUAACGUACAGGUGAAGUGCAGUCAGUUUAGCGGACCAAAGCAUUCAUGGCUGUUUCUGUGCCUUGCUUGAAAGUAACAGUAAAUGUUGAUGGAUGUGAUGCACCGGCUGAACAAAAAGACCAAACAUUGACACCAAUUCAUUGUUCAUGUCAGGCAAUGUCGUGUUUGAAGAUGAAAAUACUGUUCUACGCGCUAUAGCCGAUUUUGCUGAACCAUUUGAUCGUCGUGUUGCAUUAGCUGCGGCUGCUGCUUUAGCCUCGCUCUUAGAAAAAGAUGAUAUUAAUGAUGUGAGCUUAAGUCAGUCAGAUAAUUUAGACGAAAUAUUUAACGAUCGUAAAUCUUUGACGUUAUCAAAUGAAACACUGGAUUCUAUUGAACAAUUUUCUCAACAUCUACCUCCAACCGGACGUUGGUAUAAGGCAUUAUCAGUUCCACCUCAAACAAUAUCACUUUUUCUACGAUUCCCACACAAAACAGAUGUAAAACUACCUGGGGCAGAACGUCGAAGUCUUUAUUACCGCCGUUUUGGUAACCCUAAUUAUGGUGGGAUGACUGGUAUUUUAAGUCGUUCAUACAGACGUCGUGUUCGGAUAUCGCGAAUUAAAUCCAGCGACGAUCCUAACGGUGACUCACGUCAUAUUGAAAGUUUAUCUGCACAAUUUGCUGAGUUGGUUGCCAACGCUUAUGAUGAUCCCGAUUCAAUAGUUAAUCAAAUGGUUGGUAAUAGUAACUACAAUAUAUGGAAUUCAGCUUCCCAAGCACCUGCACCUGAGCGUCCACUUGUUGUUUACGAUAAUCUGUACGAUGAAUCAGAUCAAGUAGCUCAUCCCACAAUAUUUUCCAAAUAUAAUACAAAGUCCAACACAAGACAGCGUCGAAAUGCUAGCGAGUUCCCUGUACCUAAACCUCGACGACAGCCUCACAAAUGGCCUCGUCGAGAUCGCGGUCCAACACCAAAUCGCUGGCUGACGAAUGACGACGAUGAUGAAGAUGAGGAUGAUAUAUUUGAAAAUCCAAAACCUGGGACGAUUGUGGUUUUAGACCCACGGGAACCAUGGGGAAGUGCAUUAUCUGGUAACUCUAAGCCGUCCUUGCGCUCAAGUGGCUCCAGUCGAGUCAAACCUGCUAAUCGUCAUUAUUGUCGUAGCAUUGCAACAGUUACAUUAAUGCCUGAUACCGAUGUUAAUGGUGAUAUAAAUGUAGUUGAGGACGAAAAUGCUCUCAGAACCAGGCGUUUGUUGGCGUCAAUGAGCAUGGUUGCAGACAUCGAAUCCAACUCUGGAAGACCUCGGUCUGUUUCAGAACGUCUUGGUGUCCCUGGAAAUCGUCCAAUUAAAUCACGCAAACCAAAUAUUUGGCAACGCUUGGGCUAAACUUCAUUUUCUUAUUUAGUAAUCUUUCUUUGUAAAAGCCUUUUAACUUCCUUCGCCAGAUCCUUCUGGUAUUAUAUUAUAUAUUUUUAUCUUUAGUCUAGUGUAUAUAUAUCCAUCCAGUAUUAUCCUUUUUGUUUUGCUUAAUUUCACUUACAGAGUGUAAUCUUAUUCUAACCACUAGUUGUAAAUAUAAAAGAGAUUUAUUUACACU